CAGCUCCACGUGGCCGCGGUUUCAGAAUGCAACGUUCAGGAUAUAACCCCACGGUCAGAGAUUCGCGCGCUAGGCAAGGGACUGGCGUGCAACCUUUUCGCGACGAACCGCAACUAAGUGACAGGCUCCUCGCGGUUUCCUCGGUUUGACUGUCGUAGAGGCUCGCUCUGUGCCGUGAUGGUUUAUAGAGUCUCUAAGCGUGUCUAAUUUCCUGUUCUUGUCGCUUAAUUUCUUCCUCCGGCUUUCCUCGCGGAAUAUCAUCUGAUUCCGAGCCACUGUAGAGCUGCCACACGCAAUGCUUCAGUUACGCUCCACUUCCGUCCGUACUCCUUCCCUCCCUUCCGUUAUGCUCACUUCCGUUGCGCUAAAACUCAUCUCGCUCACACGAUUUAUGCUUACUCGUUGUGCUGUCUCAUGUAUCCCUCUCCCCGCAGCUCGCGUGCUCCCUCUUAGGUGAUUUUUGAGUCGACUCAAAAACCAUUGCUUACUCGUUGUGCUGUCUCAUAUAUCCCUCCCCCCGCAGCUCGCAUGCUGAGGAUGAUUCAAGAGUUGACUCAAAAAUCACAUUCGUUGUGCUGUCUCAUGUAUCCCUCUCCCCGCAGCUCGCAUGCUCCUCUUACCCUAGUCCCCACAUUAAUCUGUCCGCUUCCCGUUCGGUUUGUCCUUGGCUAUUGCUUUCUGUUUUCCUUCGACACCUCCUAUUCCCCCCGUCGCCUGUCCUGCUCAUCCCCUUCGGACCCCUCGGCAGCGGUCAGCCAAGUUGUGGUGCUUGAAUUGGAGUUACCCAAUGUCACUGCGCACCUGUGGCGCAGUGGCCGUGGACUCCAGUCCUCUGCUGCAACACAGCACCUUGGAGUUGCCGAGCAAAGCGAGGCAGGGGAGAAAAGGGGGGGAGGUCCAACUUACAAACCAUAGCAGGGGAGAGUCUCGAUAGU